AGUUUGCGGCACAGGAGGAACUUGCUGUUUAAACCAUGGUUUAAACUUUGCCUAUCUCUCUUAUUGCAGAAAACAAAAAAAAAGGUUAUCCUUGAGAAACUGUUCACCCCAGAGCGUUGGUUUUCGUCCAAGUCAGCUUCACUAUGAAUAGAGCGUGCGAUGAUACUUUCGAAGCGUGUUCUGAAGAUGAUGAACGGUGCUCAAGCGAGCGAAGCCCCGAUCAAAAGCGCAAGCGUACCACGCUUACGGCGGGAGAAAAACGCGAACUCUGCCUGUGGAAACGUGAUCACCCGCGCUCUACUCUGCGCGACGUCAUGCUUUGGUGCCGCAUUAACCUCGGUGUGGACAUCGGCAAGAGUUCUGUGUCCCGCAUUUUGCAGGAGAGCGACAAGUGGAUCAGCACGACGCCAGACGCCGUCAACUCGAAAAAUUUGCUUGGGGUUGAUAUGGAAAAAUCCCUUUUCACGUGGCUGCAGGAGGCGCGCUCCCGCGGGGUUUACGUAAGCGAUGCGAUGAUCGCUGAAAAGGCCCGCGCUCUUGGAAAGCUGCUCAAAAUGCCUGAUGACUUUCGCUAUUCACGAGGCUGGCUGCAUCGUUUCAAGACAAGGCAUGGGAUCUGUAAUAACAGACCGCAGGGAAGCAGCUCACCUAAGCCACCUAGCUCCAAAAAUGCAUCCAAAGAGCUGCCUUGCAGCACGAGCCACUCUCAGUUACAGACACUUCUUGCAGACUACACCCUGAACAACAUCUACCACGUACAAGAAAUGGUCCUCUCCUACGCUGCAUUACCAGCAAAAGGAAGUUCACGGGAGAAACAGCGUUGCAACAAACAGAGGCUUGUAGUUGGACUGCUGUACAAUCUAUCAGGUUCGCAUCGCUGGAGACCCAUUAUUGUCGGCGGCACAAAGCGGCCCCACAGUUUUGGAACCCUUUUUGACCCAAACAUAUAUUGUCACUACAACUGCGAACCAAGAAUGCGCUUGUCUGCAAGCAUUCUCAUCUCUCAACUGAAAAGUUUGGAUGCAAAUUUGUGCAGGGAGAAACGACGUGCCAUCAUGUUGCUAGACGAAUCAAGGACUGAGGUCUUCAGUGAUGUGAACUUUUGUAACUUACAAGUGCACACUUUGCCUUCACAGUGUGUCUCUGGUAUUAAUGCUAGGAGCACACCUGUAACUCACAGUGUGAAAGCAAUAUACCGGAAAGACCUUCUGCUGCACAGUGCUAUGUGUAAGGAUGCUGAACUGAAGACAGAAAUCAGUGUUCGCUGGGCUCUUCGAACACUCUCACAGGCCUGGAUGUCUCUUCCAUCUCAAGUUAUCACAGAUUUCUGGGGUCAAACAGGCUUUCUACCAUUGCAGCAACCAGAAAGACCACCUAAUAAUGCAUACCAGUGCUUAGUUCAGGAACUGCAGGAACUUUUGGACAAGGUUUACCCUCGUACGGCUGGUGCUGCAGCGUAUAUAAGUGUUGAUGAUUGUGAUGACGAGGAUGGGAGCCUGUUAACAGUUUCCCAUGAACAACAAGAGUCAUUUGCCUCAAUUCUGGAACCAAACCACAUUGAUGCUUGGAGGAGCCUUCACACUUUGAUAACAUAUCUCGAACAAGAUGGAGACACGGGUGCUGUACGAGAGCUCUCCAAGUUGCAGAGGAAACUGAAUGAGAAGGUUCUGAAGUAGAGUUAAAUUCCAUGAGUAGUUUUCACAUUAAAUAUUUUUAAUUGUA